AUGUCGAGCACAACAACGACCUACCCGUUCCACCAGGUGGACACGUUCACCGCGACGCCCUACCUGGGCAACCCGGUGGCCGUCGUCAACUGCCUCACGCUUCCCGCACCCACGCAGGAGCAGAUGCAACGCUUCGCGCGGUGGACCAACCUCUCUGAAACCACCUUUCUGCUUCCUCCUACAGACCCCAGCACCGCCGACUACCGACUAAAAAUCUUUACGCCUGUCGAAGAGCUCCCGUUCGCGGGCCAUCCCACGCUGGGCAGCUGCCAUUCGUUCCUCCGACACCUUGGCUCGGAUCGAUCCUCCGCGCUCAUCGCCAAACGCGAGGGCAAGCUGGUGCAGGAAUGCGCCAUCGGGCUGGUGAAUCUGCAAGUCAGCUCAGACGGCGCAACGGUACGAUUCCGCGCACCGGACUUUAUCCGUCACGAACCAGUCGACGCACCCACCCUCGAUCGCAUCAUCAAGUGCCUCUGUCUGAACCAAGAAGACGUGCUGGAGGCAUGGCACAUCGACAACGGUCCUCGGUGGAUCGGUAUCAAGCUCCGCACGGCGUCCGCCGUGCUUGCCGUCGACACAACUUCACCCACCUGCGACAUCCCUGCCAUUCGGGACCUGUUCCUGGGGUUCAUCGGCCCCUAUCCAUCCGGCAAGAACGAGGGGGGGGAGGAGGUGGCGAAUGAAGUACGGGCGUUUGUGUUCGAGGAUAUCGGGGAGGAUCCUGUGACGGGCUCGCUCAAUGCUGGAUUUGCCAAGUGGCUCGAGGCGAGUGGCGAGAGUCCAGCUGCUGAGUAUACGAAUUCCCAAGGCACGGCGAUGGGGCGUCAGGGUCGGGUUCGCGUGCGAGUGGAUCGAACGCAAGACAAGACAGACAUCUGGAUUGGCGGCGAGUGCGUUGUUUGCAUCGACGGCGUGGUUCAUAUCUAA